CACCUCUCUUGCCCAUUUUAACGUUUUUCUCAUUUGAUUUCUCAUUCUUAUCGUUUUUAUUUAUCUCAGACAUACACACUCAUACAUACUAGAUCGACAUUGUAUUAUUAUAUUAUUAUUAUUAUUAUGGAUUUCUCUAAUACUAUCCCUUCAUCAGACGAUACGGAAUUACUCCAAUACUUUCUUUCACAGGAUACAUCUAGUGCUACUGUGGAUGACCUUUCCUCACUCUUUCAAGACCCCCCUCCCUCCUCUUCCCAAUCAACGCCAAUGCAGCCGAUGCAAGCCACGGCUAUUGCUAGAUCAUUAUCAUCAACAGCAACAGCAACAGCAACAGCAACAACAACAGCAACAGUAACAGAGCAAGCACAAACAGAGGAACAGGCACAGGCACAGGCACAAGUACAGGAACAGUCAUCGCAAACAACAAUCCCAAUAGGCCACACAAUCUUGCUACCCUCUACAUCCUUCUCAUAUCGUCAACUCUCUCCUAAUAUCCCUCCACCAAUGCCAGUUGCCCUUCAAAAGGAAAUCUUGACUUUGAAUAGCCCUAUCACAACAACAUCUUCGUCUGAAUCGGAUGUACAUUCUGCGGUCCCUAGGCCAGAACCCAUGUCUCAGGAUAUUUGGGUACACCGCCUACUACAACUUCAACAAUUGCAUCAAAGACAUCAUUAUCAACAACAUCAACUCUUGCAGUCAACUCUCUUACGUGGAAGCACUUCUUCAGAGACUUCGGAUUUAGAGCACCGACAGCGACGACUUCGUGGCAGCUCCUCAGGAAGAUCAGUAUCUCCUGGAUCAUCAUCGUCAUCUUCACCAUUAGAAGACCGCCACAAAAACGCCAUUUAUCCUUCUCCACCCAUGCAAGACGAUGCUUCUAUGGACAGCGACGAUAAUAAUAAUGAUGAUGAUGAUGGUGGUCAUCGUCGUUCAAGUGCAGGUGAAUCAUUGUCGGAUCCCAAAAAACCAACUGCGGGAGAAUUGAAAAAGAUGACAAGCAAGGAGCGUAGGCAGCUCCGUAACAAACUGUCUGCUCGUAACUUUCGAGUUCGAAGAAAAGAGUACAUCACUUCACUGGAAAAUCAGGUUAAGGAAGCACGACGGGAGGCAGCAGAUUUGCAGCGACGACUUAUCCAGUCAGAACUCAACUGUCAGUUUUUAAGGCAAGAAUUAGAGACCAUUCGGCUUUCACAAUCUCUGUUUACAGAUGGGCGAAUGUCCAAAGAGCACGCUAACUUGCUCGCUAGCCUCUUACACCCAGGCUCAGAAUCCUUCCCCACAAACAAUAGCAACAGCAGCAGCAAUAGCGGCAGCAGCGGCACAAAUGGCGGUGCAUCAUCAGCGAUAGUAUCAUCAACUAGCAAUAUCGCUGGAGCAUUCGACAGUAACGACAACAGCGCCGUUAACUUUGGCUUAUCGACUGUUCCACAUCUUCCACAGAUUCAUCAUCAAACAGCCCCCUUAGAUUCGCUACCUACAAAUGAUGGAAUCUCUGACUUUAACAAUAUGAGCAGCAAUACCUUAGCGAUACCAACAGCAGCCCAGACAAUGGCUUCUUCGACCUUUGAGAUGACUCCAGCCUCACUUCAGCCAUUUGUACCAUUUGAUGGUGAUUGGGGAUUGUUGAUUAAUAGAGCGGAAGUGCCAGAAAUGAAUGUAGACCUCAAGGAUGAGUCUUCAACAAAACAAGCGCAGGCUGCUUAUAAGGAUCUUUUGAUUCGAUAUGAAGUCGCUACUAAGCAAGAAGCCGAAUUGGAUGAGCAGAUGCGUAGAGAACUCAGGGCACAUGUGGAAAAGAAGCUGGCUCAGACGUAUAUGACCAUGCCUAAGGAUGAAUCAUCGCCAUCAAUAAUGAACGGCAAAAGUAGUAGCGAUGAAAACCUUAUUCUUCAAACACUGGUGUAUAUGAUGAUGAUCCAUUUGACUCAAUCUCUAUUUGAAGCAGCGACGAUGUCGAAGACCGAGUUAGUGCGAUUGUACCAGGCCAUAGAUGAACCUCUUCGUGCGAAAUUAGAAGAACAAGGAAAGCAACAGCAACAACAACAGCAAUCAACAUGCAAGUUUUCGGAAUGGCGUGAACAAUGGAUUCGUAAGCACUGGCCUUCAUAUUACAACAACCGCCGUCGAUUGUCUGAGUUAUUCAAGAAUGGACUAGUAUGUUCUAAUCACUCGAGUAACAAUAGCACCAACAACUCUCAAAAAGGGGAAGUUGAUGUAGUAGAAACCACUCGCAAGAUGGAAGAAGGCGUGAAGGGUAAGACGGCAGAAGUCCCUAAGGUCAACUAUUUUGUCCGUCAUUAUGUCCCUACUUGGCUCAAAUGUUCUGACAUUCUGGAGAAGGAACGCCUUUUGAAUGAAGCCAAGGCUCAGCAACGUAAGGCCCGCUCCACUGGUAGCACUAUACCCAUGAAGGCCACUGCAUAGUAUAUGCACGCAUAAAAAAACUGAUUUAAUGUUAUGUCUGAACAUGAAAUGCUCCAUACUUAUAUUAACGACGUUAGUUUACAUCGCCAAGAUCACGAAAUACAGAAAUAAAAUAAUAG